AUGUCGCUGCCGGUGGUUAAAAGGUUGCCGUCAGGUGGCCGCAUGGACUGCAUCUGGACGUCAGCGGACUGCUACCGGUGGCCGACAGGUGAAGACACACAAACACGCACGCACAAACGCACCAGCCACGCCAAGAACCACACCUGCCGAGAUACAGUUCAGUGCAGGUGUGGCAAGCAUGAGACUCACACCGGUUCUGAUGAUGGCAGCGGUGGUGGUGGCGGUGCUGACGGUGGCGGCCGCGGACCAGAGAUGCUUGACGUGUGCGGCGCCUCGGUGACCCUGACAUACGGGGAGAGCGUCGCCCUCUUCUCUAGCAACACGGGGGAGAAGAUGAACUGCAAGGCCUCAGUGACGCUCAACCUCAACGCGGGCGGCUGCGGCAAGGAGAAGCUGACUCUGAAGGCGACGGGGAACAAGAUGAAGGUCUGCGCCUCGUCCUCGCCCACGGGGGACACCUUCGCCAACAAGCUCAAGAUCAAGUACAAGAGGAGUCAACUCGGCGCCAAUGAGUGCUCGGGCGGCUUCGUGUGUCUCAUCAACUGCGUCGGGGGCCUCCGCUGCCGUGUCGGGGCUCGCGGUGUGUUGCGGGAAGUAGCUUUUAACUCUCAUGAACACUCCAGAGACUCCGAUGGCUCGUGGCCCCGCACCUGCCGUGACGAGGCGGAGUGCCCGACAGAACUUUGCGGCACGGCGCCCAUCUCGGUCGCCUCCAACAAGGUCGUGAACGGGGAGGAUGCGGAGGCUGCAGAAUACCCGUACCAGGUGAGCAUCGACAAGUACUGCGGGGGCUCACUCAUCAAGGAACGCUGGGUGCUGACGGCGGCCCACUGCGUCACGGGGGGCCUCGUCCCGUCCAAGAUCUACCUCGGCAUGCUCAACAUAGUCACUGAGGACGCCACGGUUAUACUCUCGCCCAAGAACAUCAUUGCCCACGAGAACUUCAACCCAAGGACCUAUGAAAACGACGUGGCGGUCAUCGAGCUGGAGGAGGCCGUCACCUUCACGGACAAGGUCAGCCCAGUGUGCAUCGCCCAGGACGGGGACAUUCCCUUCGGCGGCAAGGCGGUGGCCACGGGCUGGGGCGACCUCAUGUUCGGUGCCGGAAACUACCCCGCCAUCCUGCAGGAGGUGAGCCUGGACGUGAUCAGCGACUCGGAGUGUGCCCCCUUCGGCGACCCAGCCUUGUUCAUCUGUGCCCUCACGCCCACCAAAGAUACAUGCCAGGGUGACAGCGGCGGCCCUCUCGUGGCGAAGGUGUGCGGCGAUAGGUGGGCGGUGGUGGGCAUCGUGAGCUACGGGGUAGGCUGCGCCACGCCGGGCUUCCCAGGAGUGUACACGCGUGUCCCCGCCUACGCCCAAUGGAUCGCUGAUAAGACUGGCUCGGACACCUGCACCUAA